AUGGUAUAUACAAAUAUGAGAAAAGUUGCCACGAAGAAGAAUUAUAAAAUUCUAGUUGACAAGGAUAAACGUACAUUUGUUGAUGGAAAGCUCUAUUUUCCCCUCGGGUCGUAUAUGAAUAGUAUAACAGAUUUGGAUAUUAACAAUUUCACUGGAUCGCCUUUUAAUUUAAUGGUAUCGUAUCCAAUGCUCGAUAAGAAGCAGUUGGACUAUGUUUACACCAAAUCAAAUGGCCAAAUUCGUGUAAUUAAUAAUUUCUCGCCGGCUGUAACUUAUUCGAAAGACAAUGCUGUCUUAGAAGAAAAAUUGAAUUGGGCUAAAGCGCGAAUUGAGGAAUGGAAAACCUCUAAUGGACUCUUUGGGUAUUACAUGGCUGAUGAACCGGGCGUUUCUAUAUUACCGUCAUUGUCUGCAGCUACUUGGGCAAUUCGUGAUAACGAUGAAAAUCACAUUGCAUGGCCUGCGGUCAACCAGCGAUUCAUCUUAGGAAAGUUAAAAGAGGGGUUUGAUGUUGUAGGUAUUCCUGAUUAUCCCGUCCAAACGUUUGAUGAUUUACAAAGUGUGUGGAUUGUUGCAGAGCAAGGAAGAAAGAGAAUGGGAAACACUCGUGCAAUGUGGAACAUUCCCCAAAUUUUUGACUGGACUGUUUAUAAUAAAACAGAAAAAUUGGAUUGGUCAAAGGAGUUUGCACCAACGGAGGUGCAAUUGAAAAAUAUGGUGUACCAAACCAUUGUUGGUGGUGCUAUGGGUAUUAUAUACUACGACUAUUCUGAAGUUGUCACAAUGGAUUAUAAAGCCAAAUUUACAACGGAGUGGGAAAAAAUAAAGAAGGUGACAAAAGAGUUGAAAGAUAACUACGUCGACAUCAUAUAUUCAAACGCAAAAACUAACAAAGGGUACAAACUCCCACUUUUCACAGGCGUUAAUAAAGACAAUUAUUUGGGAUGGAGAAUGUUUAGAAAAAACAAUAAGGACUACAUCCUUAUUGUUAAUGUCAGAAACGUUGCAACAACAUACAAAUUCACCAAACCAUCGACAGCAACAUUGAAAAAAAUUGAUGGAAAAUCGACAUAUACAGACACAAAUAAUGUGAUUACUAUAGCUUUACAAGCAAUGGACGUCAUGUGGUUUGAAGGCACUGACACCAACUUUACGUCUGAUGAAAGUAAGUAUAGUACUCCAAAUAUAAAAUCAGAGUUUGUUGAGGCAAACGCAAUUGAUAAUGAAGAUUUGGGUGAUUUCCCCGAACUUCCAACAACGCCAGAAGAUCCAAGUAACCCACCAAUUAACGACCAAAGUGAUGCUACAUAUGGUAUUAUAGUCGUGGUUUUAGCUUUCGCUGCACUACUUAUUCUUUGA